AUGGCACAGUCGACAUCGAGAACCCACAGAAAGCUCAAAGGAGCCCCAGACUACGAUAGCCCGGAGUUUUGGGAUGCCCGGUUCGCUACCGGCGCCGACGUCGGAGAAUGGCUCAACUCGGGAGAGGCUCUCAUUGAUGCGGUUGUGUCGGACCUAGAAAGCCGACCGGUCAUUAUUGGCAGACAGCCACGCGUCUUGCACUUAGGCCCAGGCGUUUCAGAGCUGGGAUUGAAACUCAGAGAUGCAUGUUUAGAGCGAGAUUGGACGGGAAAUGGCAUUGUUAAUGUCGACUUCUCUAGCGAGGCCGUGCGCCUUGGUCAAGAGUUCGAAAGCCGGAAAGCUCCCUUAGAAGCAAUGCAUUGGUACCGAGCUGACUUGCUCGCUUGGGACCAUGUCUCCGACCUCUCACGCUACGCUCCGUUCGACGUUAUCCUCGACAAAAGCACCAGCGACGCAAUCGCCACGGCAAUCGACCACCACUUCGACUCGAAAGACGAUACGCCAAAUCUUUGUCCAGUUAUCAAAGAGCUCCUAUCUACUCGAGACACUAUCACCUUAUCCCCCGUCGAGCUGCUGGGUCUGCAUCUAGUGCCCUUGACGAAGAAAGAUACCACCUGGGUUGUGCUAUCGUAUUCGACAUUUCGCUUUGAUAGCCUUCCUUUUCUAGCCGAAUAUUGGACAUUGCGCUCCCGAACUCCGUUGAAAGCGCCAUCGGGAACAGUUUCGUCAAACGCUUAUACGCCCGACACGUUCCACUGGGUAUAUAUUCUGGAUCGCAAAUGA